GACCUUGUAAAUGUAGACAAUCGCGCCUAUUCGGACAUUACCAUACAAGUUUUGUACGGGACUGCUCUGAACAUAUCGUUUACAUGUAGCCAGUCGUGGUUCAAUGCGGCGCAUAAGCUGAAACACUCUACUGAUUACUGCACUGAAGGGAUACGAUACUAACCAGUCGCUUGAAAAAUGAAUUCCUUGCCAAACGCCAACCUGUUAGCGAAGCAGUUGCGGUUUGGGGUCCAAACAUGUUACAAAAGGCUGGCUUCUCAAUCAGCCAAAGAUAUUAUCGUUCCAGCUAUGCCUGCAACAAGUUUCCAGCCUCAGCCUUAUGAAGGACCAGAUUUUGACAAAAUUCGUUCCAUACGUGCCAAUCACCUAAACCCAGCUCUUUUCACCUACUACAAAUCUCCCCUUCUUAUCCAUCAAGGACACAUGCAGUGGCUAUUUGAUCACAAUGGUGUCCGUUACCUUGACUUGUUUGGAGGAAUUGUCACUGUAUCUGUUGGCCACUGUCACCCGAAAAUUAAUGAAGCUACCAAAAAGCAACUAGACAAAGUCUGGCACACAACAAACAUCUACCUACACCCAAAAAUUCACGAAUAUGCAGAACGCCUUGUAGCCACUUUGCCCGGAGAUUUGAAAGUUGUAUAUUUUGUCAACAGCGGAUCAGAGGCUAACGAUCUGGCUAUGAUGAUGGCUCGUAUGUAUACUGGCUGCUACGACUUAAUCUCGUUCCGAAACGCUUAUCACGGAAUGAGUCCGGCUACAAACGGCCUUACCGCUCAUUCCACUUGGCGUUACAAUAUUGCAGGCAAUUUCGGUAUUCAUCAGACGAUGAAUGCUGAUCCUUAUCGAGGAGAAUGGGGUGGAAAGCACUGCCGUGAUUCUCCCGUUCAAACCACUCGCAGCUGCAAUUGCUCACCCGGACAGUGCGCUGCAUCGGGAAAAUAUGUCGAUCAGCUGGAUGAAGUUCUGCGUUAUUCCGCACCAAAAGGACGAGUUGGCGGUUUUUUUGCCGAAUCCAUUCAGGGAGUUGGGGGUACUGUCCAGUAUCCGAAAGGAUUUUUAAAGUCCGCCUUCGAGUUGAUCAGAAAUCACGGCGGGGUUUGCAUUGCCGAUGAGGUACAAACUGGCUUUGGGCGCACUGGCGAACAUUUCUGGGGUUUUGAGGGUCACGGUGCUAUUCCCGAUAUUGUCACCAUGGCAAAAGGAAUGGGCAACGGAUAUCCUAUGGCAGCUGUCGUCACUACACCCGCCAUCGCAAAAACGAUGAGCGCAGCUUUGCAUUUCAACACAUUUGGAGGGAAUCCAGUUGCUUCAACUGUCGGCAUGGCCGUUUUGGACGCAAUCGAAGCAGACCAAACACAGGCAAAUUGCCGCGAUGUUGGAACAUAUUUUCUCCUUGAGCUGGCCAAGCUGCGUGACGAAUUUCCGAAUUUGGUUGGAGAUGUCCGAGGUAAAGGUUUGAUGAUCGGAGUUGAACUGGUGUCGGACCCGGAAACGCGGGCUCCUCUGGCACCUGCCGAUGUUCUGACUAUAUGGGAGCAAUGCAAAGACAUGGGAGUUCUUUACGGCAAGGGAGGAUUCUAUGGCAAUGUCUUCCGCAUCAAGCCACCCAUGUGUAUUACAAAGUCUGACGUGGACUUUGCCGUCGCCGUAUUGCGAAAAUCAAUCGCUUCUUUCCUCGAGAAAUGAGUGAAUCUUUGUUUUACUAAAGCGCCAAGCCUUUUCCCCCGUUGUUGAUGGUAAACUUUCUUAAAGUGAUUGUGGUUGUUGAAACUAACAUAAAUAUUAAUUUUGUGUAUUUGCCGAGGGACAUUUAACACGAGUUACAGUUACUCUAAAGGGAUCCAUAUUAAAUAACUUGGUAGAAUAUCAUUGUUUUUCUUUCCCGAGUUGUCUCGCCUAUUAGCAGCCAUAUAAUUUGCGUGCGCAAAAAUACAUUGGAACAGAUGCCUAA